AUGUUUUUCACUAAUAUCAUCACCGCCAUCUAUAUUCUCUCUGCUAUCAAAACUGUUGUGAUAGCUGAAAGAAAUUUCAUAUCCCGUCGGUCCACGUCACCUAUGGUCCCUUUGAGGCCGAGAGCCCUUCCUCCAUGCGAAGCUCGCAAUUUAUCCGGUCCAAGGCCUACCGACGACGUGGUGAAAGCUUAUAUUGAUCUCGACGAGCUAUCCGACAAGGACUCGGAAUGGAGGCCGUUGGUUUGCGGUCUCGGUGGAGUAAAUUGCAUAGGGAGACCGGGGGAGGAACUCGUGACACUGCAACCUACUUUAGCUCGGAUACGACACAACUUCACACUUAAUGAUGGGUCGACCAUUCAUGUUAUAUAUAACGGGCAGUCUACGGUGCAGUGGACGGCUCCUGGCGGCACUGUGAACUCGUACAUGGCGCACGGAACUGACUACAUAUGUGUCAAGGGUACGAUGUCAGUAAAGUUUUGGGCUGAUGGAUCAGUGUUCAGUGCUGGGGACGAACCCAUCGCUUGCAUGUGCGGGUACCCUCCCGACGGCGACAAAACUAUCCUUGUAGAAACCAAAGAUGCUACAAUGGAGUGA